AUGGGCGAUUCGUCGAGUCUACCGGGAAAUGAACUACUUCAAGCUGAAAAAGAUGAAAAAGACGAUGGCCCUUUCGAGAAUCGACGAGUCAACUCUUCGGAAAUCGCACCAAAUGCGGAGGGUCCAUUUGGGGUGCGCCUUAGCGACGAUAUGCUCAACGUGUUCUGCGAUCGUGUGCAACUCGCCGCCCCGGACCGUAUUAACGGCUUUUUUGCGAUUCAAUCGAUUUUGUGCGACCCGGCCUCGCUUCGAUCGCAAAUUCAGCCGCGUCAAGAAGUCAUCCAAAUUUUCUUCGACCAGGAACAGGAGCACUACAUUACGGCUCAUCUCUUUUACGUGAAUAAGGUGCCCACUCUACGAAUUUACGACCCAUUACUGCAUGCGAAAAAUGUUAAAAAUCGGGAUUUGAAAGAUAUGAUGAGCCCAUCGAUGAUUCGACAAAUUUUGGACAUCUUCGGACAUAUCGUUUUCCGUGUUGCUCAGCCAGGCGCGGUCCCUGUUGAAUAUGUGCACGACAUUGACCCUCAGACAGAUGGAUGGAGUUGUGGAUAUCGAGCAAUCGGCGUUGUGAUGGAUUUGUUGAGAGAAAGACCUCCCAUGGACUCAAAAUACGAUGUUCGCUCACUCUAUGACUUGUACAUUUGGGCGAAUCGCGAUGGAUCGCACCCGUGGCACGAAUUUAUGAAGUUCCCGUGUCGUAGCUAUCGCCUCCGGAAUUAUGUUAGAAACGGCAUUGUUGUGUUCACCGAGGAAUUCUACAAGGAGAAAGUCGACAAAGCGGUCGCCGAUGAGAAAGCCACCGAAUCGCUUGUCGCUCAAUCUGAAGAACCAACGGCUCAACCGGCCUGCAAAGAGGAGCCUCCUGCGGCUCACAAAGAAAAUCCUGUGAUCGACGCUGUUCCUUCAAAGUCUGGUGAUUUAACAAACGGAGUUCGGGAAAUGCGACAAAGUUGUUGUGAUUAUCAUCUACAAUCAAACGCUUCAAAAAAUGACAAGAGCAAAGACGCAAAGAGCACCACCCACCAUCGAGCAAUGGCUGAAAGCAGCGGGAUUGAGACUCCGAGGGUGCCUGAUUCGUUUUUAAAGAAACCAGUCCCUCUACUCCCAAGAUUGGCCGUCCAUUCUUCAUCGUCGCAACCCGAGCUCUUGCAACCGCUUAAUCGAUGGUCUUACAUGCGCACGUGGAGUGAACGACAAAGUGAUGAGGAAAAAAAGAGAAGUGGAAGUGCCGGAGAAUGCCCAACCAAUUCUCGACUGUCAGCCAUUGAAACGACGCGUUCAAUCACCCGUUCGACAAACGAUGUCUUCAGCUCGGAGCCCAUUGAAUGCAAUGUGCCCGCCUCAUUUGACUCUCUUCCUUCGAUGCCCGUGCCGAAUCUUCACGCUUGCCGCUCCUCCACGCGCCACGAGGGCUCCUCAUUUCACACCGACUCGAAUCAUUCUCUUCAUGGCGUCGAAAAGAGCCAACAACAAAAGCCAUCCGCAAACAAGCUUCAUCAAGUCACGUUUCGACCCCAUCUGGGAUACGGAGCCGAUGAGCAACACUCGAGCUUUGAGGCCGAUGUCAGCAGCUUUGGAAGUUCCAACAAGAGCGUAAAAUUCGAUGUGCAAUGGGAGUCGGAGCCUGCUGCCAUAAUCGUUCCUUCCUUCAUCCCGGUCGAGAUCAAAAAGCCAAUCAAUUGCACAACUAAGUCCAAGGACGUUCGUCUGGAAAUGGGCUCCGUGGUGGCCACGCAAAUCACCCACAAGAACAAUAACAACAACAAUUCGCCGCUUUCAUCACCCUCAUCAUCAAUGCUGAACUCGGAACCUCGGUGCUGUUGU